UCCCAACCAUCUCUCCGACUCUCUUCAAUCCUCCAAGAAAGCCCUCGAUCGCGACCGAAAAUGGCUCCUUUUUCCCUUUGCUUUCGGCCCUUCGUUAUGCAACUCUUGCUGCUAGGUUUCGCCAUUUUGAGCAACGGCUUGCGCACAGGUGACCCUCCGUUAACGUUGGACUACUACGUAUCUGCAUGUCCGACUGUGUUUGAGAUUGUGAAGAAAGAAAUGGAAUGUUUAGUGCUCUCUGAUCCUCGUAACGCCGCCUUGGUGGUUCGAUUGCAUUUCCACGACUGUUUUGUUCAGGGAUGUGAUGGAUCGGUUCUGCUAGAGGACACGAUCACGCUGACAGGUGAGAAGAAAGCUUCCCCCAACAUACACUCUUUAAAAGGUUUCAGAAUUGUUGAUAGAAUCAAGAACAAGCUCGAAUCCGAGUGCCCGGGAAUCGUUUCAUGCGCUGAUCUUCUCACUAUUGCUGCAAGAGAUGCUGUCAUUCUGGUGGGUGGACCUUAUUGGGAUGUUCCUCUAGGAAGAAAAGAUUCUAUAACUGCUAGCCCUGAACUUGCAGAGGCUAACCUUCCUACUGCAAAUGAAGGCCUUUCGACAAUCAUCUCCAAAUUUCUUUACCAAGGCUUAUCAGUCACAGAUAUGGUGGCUCUUUCAGGGGCUCACACAAUCGGCAUGGCGCGGUGUGAGAACGUAAGAGAAAGGAUUUAUAGCGGGGAAUUCGAAGCAACUUCAGGAAUCAAUCCGCUGUCGGAGUCGUACCUCAACAACCUGAGAUCGACGUGCCCGCCAGUUGGUGGAGUUGGGGAUAAUAACGUAACCGCCAUGGAUUACGUGACUCCCGAACUCUUUGAUAAUUCUUUCUAUCAUCUGCUACUGAAAGGGGAGGGAUUGCUGAACUCGGAUCAGGAAAUGUACUCUAGUUUGUUUGGGAUCGAAACGGGGGAGAUUGUGAGGAAGUAUGCAGCUGAUCCAGUUGCUUUCUUCGAGCAGUUUUCGGAGUCGAUGGUGAAGUUGGGAAAUAUUACCAAUGAUGAAAGCUUUGAGAAUGGUGAAGUUAGAAAAAAUUGCAGGUUUGUCAACACUUAAGAGCUGCAAUUAGUCCUCAUGAGAGAAGCCUCAGUUGGAAAACCAUAUUUGGUACUUUUAUACCAAGAAGUGAUCACAAAUUUACAUGUAUUUUUAUGUUUGUAAGUCAAUGGAGAGUGAUGUUUUAUUGUGCCAAGUAAGAGGUCAUGACAGAAAUACAAAAAACAAUACUCUCUAGGCCGAAAA